UACCUGACAUCUGGCCUCUGACGUGUUUUCUCUGAGAAGGUUAACCGAUUGCUUUAUCAGCACGUCGUGGAUAUUAUGCACCUGUAGUAAUGGUUUUUAAAUAAUUUCGUUAUAUUUAAUAACUCAAACUGAUAACUACUUAUUGGUCUAGUGUGAGAAAAAUAUUUCUAUUAGAAAAAUGACAACGUACGAAGAAUUUAUACAGCAGAACGAGGACCGUGACGGCAUUCGUUUUACUUGGAAUGUUUGGCCUUCGAGUCGACUGGAUGCUAGCCGUAUGGUCGUCCCGCUCGGUUGUUUGUACCAACCGUUGAAAGAGCGUCCGGAUCUUCCGCCGAUACUGUACGAUCCGGUUGUUUGCACCAGAACUACCUGUCGAGCUAUUCUGAAUCCGAUGUGCCAGGUGGACUACCGCGCUAAACUGUGGGUGUGCAAUUUUUGCUUCCAGCGUAAUCCAUUUCCACCCCAGUAUGCGGCUAUCUCGGAACAGCACCAACCGGCGGAGUUGAUUGCGGGUUUUAGUACGAUAGAAUACACAAUUACCAGGGCGCCUUGUUUGCCGCCGGUAUUUUUGUUCGUGGUCGACACUUGUAUGGACGAGGAAGAACUGACAGCACUGAAGGAUUCUCUACAGAUGUCACUCAGUUUAUUGCCAGCGAAUGCAUUGGUUGGCUUGAUUACCUUCGGGAAAAUGGUUCAAGUGCAUGAACUCGGAACGGAUGGAUGCUCCAAAAGUUACGUUUUUCGUGGAACGAAGGAUUUAUCGGCGAAGCAAAUUCAGGAUAUGCUUGGCAUUGGAAGAGCACCUGGACCGAAUCAACAGCAGCCCCAACAGCGAGGUCCUACCGGGCCAGUACCACCGGCUAAUCGUUUUUUACAACCGCUACAUAAAUGCGACAUGGCACUGACCGACCUACUUGGUGAGCUACAACGGGAUCCGUGGCCUGUUCCACAAGGCAAGCGAUUCCUGCGUUCAACAGGAGCAGCACUUUCCAUUGCGGUUGGCUUACUGGAAUGUACCUACCCGAAUACCGGUGCUCGUACGAUGUUGUUCCUCGGGGGUCCCUGCUCGCAGGGUCCCGGUCAAGUAGUGGACGAUGAACUGAAACAUCCAAUUCGAUCCCAUCACGAUAUCCAAAAGGACAAUGCCAAGUAUAUGAAAAAAGCUAUCAAACAUUACGAAGCACUUGCGCUGAGGUCGGCGACCAACGGCCAUUGCAUUGAUAUUUAUUCUUGCGCACUUGAUCAAACCGGUCUAAUGGAGUUGAAGCAGUGCUGUAACUCAACCGGUGGUCAUAUGGUUAUGGGAGAUUCAUUCAAUUCGUCACUAUUUAAACAAACUUACCAGCGAGUUUUUGCAGUGGAUCAAAAAGGUGAUUUAAAAAUGGCUUUCAACGGAACGUUGGAGAUUAAAUGUUCUCGGGAGCUUAAAAUCGAAGGUGGUAUAGGAUCUUGUGUUUCUUUGAACGUUAAAAACGCUUCGGUGGCCGACUCGGAGAUAGGCAUGGGAGGAACCGCACAAUGGAAACUCUGUACCAUGACUCCAAACAGUACGAUGGCAUUCUUUUUCGAGGUAGCUAAUCAGCAUGCCGCUCCAAUACCUCAGGGCGGUCGGGGUUGCCUACAGUUUAUCACUCAGUACCAACAUUCCAGUGGUCAGCGAAGGAUUCGGGUUACUACUGUGGCACGUAGCUGGGCGGAUGCCACUGCAAAUCUUCACAUGAUAAGCGCCGGCUUCGAUCAGGAAGCUGCCGCUGUGCUUAUGUCUCGGAUGGUUGUCUAUCGGGCCGAAUCGGACGACGGACCUGACACUUUGCGCUGGGUUGAUCGGCAGCUCAUCCGGCUGUGCCAGAAAUUCGGUGAAUACAGUAAAGAUGAUCCCAACAGUUUCCGGCUGGCGGAGAAUUUUUCAUUGUUCCCGCAGUUCAUGUACCAUCUGCGACGAUCGCAGUUUCUACAAGUAUUUAAUAACUCGCCUGAUGAAACUACAUUUUACCGGCACAUGCUCAUGCGGGAAGACCUCACCCAAUCGCUGAUCAUGAUUCAACCAAUUCUGUACUCCUAUUCGUUCAACGGUCCACCAGAACCGGUCCUACUAGACACGUCGUCCAUCCAGCCAGAUCGCAUUUUGCUGAUGGAUACUUUCUUCCAAAUUCUUAUCUUCCAUGGGGAAACAAUAGCGCAGUGGCGUAAUCUGAAGUAUCAAGAUAUGCCCGAAUACGAAAACUUUAAGCAACUGCUGCAAGCUCCGGUCGACGAUGCUCAGGAAAUUUUACAAACCCGUUUUCCGAUGCCACGGUACAUUGACACCGAACAGGGCGGUUCACAGGCUCGAUUUCUGCUAUCCAAAGUAAACCCCUCGCAGACGCAUAACAACAUGUACGCCUACGGACAGAUGGCUGCGUCAACAGCGGAUGGAGGAGCGUCGGUACUCACGGACGAUGUGUCGCUGCAAGUAUUCAUGGAGCAUCUGAAAAAGCUAGCAGUUUCGUCUACUACGUGAUUGGUCGAUCGUGACUACUUAACGCACAUCAUCGUGUGAAGCAGCCAGCAAUUGAUGCGAUAGCGAGCGUAGUAUUUCUGUUUUAUCAAAUAUGAUGUUAAGAUAUGAAAAUAAUACAUGUAGCCGUUCGGGCUCAAUAGAACUGUGUUGGAGAAUCGUUUCAGCCAUCGCCCGUUCGUAAGUAUACGUAACACCAAGGUUGCAUAUUCAAUUUCGGGGUGUAAAUUCCAUUCAAUUUGCCGCGUGCCGAUAGCUCGCUCCACAAAUACAAUUUUCUAACUUGAUGUACGACAAACUUGCAGUCCGAAAGUGAUGCUACAAGUUUGUUGAAGAAAGCAAUGCUCUAACUCUUGUGCCUAAAGUGUAAGAGCCCAUAUUCAGCAGGAUGUUCAGCCAAUAUUCGCGGAGAAUAUUAUAAUAUUCACCGCGAAUAUUGACUGAAUAUUGCACUGAAUAUGGGCUUUUACGCUUCAGGCAUAAGAGUUAGAGCAUUACAUUAUUCGACAAACUUGUAGUACUACUUAGGGACUACAAGUUCGUCAUGCAUCGUAUUUCUAAAUUGUACUUAUGCAGCGAGCUGUCGGCACGCGGCGAAAAAGUACCCUUAAAUUGAAUAUGCAACCUUGCGUAGCACCCAAUUGGCUCGACCAUUAAUAAUACCGCGCGAACAUUAACUGGCGAUAAGAUGGCAAUUGACGCGGACGCGACAGCUUCAAUUGAACUGAAGCCAAGCGAUCAAUUAACGUACUAGGUUUACGAUACAAAAUUGCAGAAAUCAAAUAAUAGUGUGUCAUUGUGUUUAUGUAGGAAAUAAAUUAAUUAUAUUUAUCAGAUAAAA